AUGAAGACCUCUUUGGCCACUGCAGUUAUUCUCUUUACUUCGGUGCUGGCAGCGCCUGUCCCCAAGGGUAACGCCAACAAUGAAAAUGCCAAUGCGAAGGUCGAGAUCCCCACUAGUCCCGGCCCCGUGUGCACCGAUACCGAGAUAUGUCCGUAUGAGGUCAGUGACAGUCAGUAUGCACGCCGCCAGGAGCCUAUCCCCGCCCACGCCCAGGGAUCUCUGAUUGGGGGUGGACUUGGACGGCGUCAGGAGCCUAUUCCCACUGACGCUAUCAUCUCGCUGGCCGGUGGUGGCCUCAAGCGACGUGGUGAUGAGGAUGUCCCGGCUGAAGUCUUGGCCUCCCUGCUUGGGCGCCGCCAAGAGCCUAUUCCCACUGACGCUAUCAUCUCGCUGGCCGGUGGUGGCCUCAAGCGACGUGGUGAUGAGGAUGUCCCGGCUGAAGUCUUGGCCUCCCUGCUUGGGCGCCGCCAGGAGCCUAUCCCCACUGAUGCCAUCAUUUCGCUGGCUGGCGGUGGUCUGAAGAGAAGUGAGGAGGAUGUUAUGGACUCGUACUAAAUAUGCCAUAUGGUAUUUAGGAUGUCGUUGUGCUCCCCAAAACAUUCCCCUAGAUUUGAAAUCUCUUGCUUUUAUUCCUUUUUCCGGAGCAUUCAACAUGUGGAGAAGUGGGAAACAGGAAACUAGGGUGAAGUUAGUAGGGUGCACGAGUGGUGUGUUUUUUUAUUGAUGCAGUUGAUGGCAUUGAGUUGUGUGAGCUGAGAUAACUAGUGUGCUUUUCAUUGAUACUAAGGUGUCUCUUUCGCGUUGAGACCUAGCUUGCCUCUGAACUCAGAGAAAUAAGGAAUGAUAGUCGAGUUGGAACAUAUACUUCACUUAUCUGCUG